CAAGUCUAGCUGCACGCACGAGAGUGGAGUUGGAGUCGUCGGCAAAUUUCGUAACGUUUUUUUCGGUUUUGCACAUAUAUUUUUUGAAAGCCUCUUUCCGCAACCAAUAAACUGGUGAUUCGCUCUAAGCCAACUCAAAUUGUGGCAAACAAAAUUUAAAUUCAAUUGAAAUUAUACCUAAAGUGUCUUAAUUAAAUUUAAAGCUGUCGUUUAUGAAAAGCUUUUAUUUAAAUAAUAUUUAAUACAAGUGAAAUUUAUACAAAGUGAAGUUAUCACAAAAGUGAAAAAAAAAAUAUAUAUAUUUUUAAAAUAACAUAAUAAAGAUGAUGCAGCAAAGUGCAAUACUUCCUCUGGCCAUUAUGCUGAUCUCCUGCGGAGUGGCAUUCGCCUGCCAUGGAAAACUAAUCGCAUCGGGCAUCGGUACCGAGGAGAGAUCAAUCAUCUUGCAGGAACACAAUCGCCUGAGGCAACUUGUGGCCACCGGACGCUAUCCGGGCCAGCCGGGUGCCGAGAAUAUGCGCGAAAUCGUCUGGGAUGACGAGCUGGCAGCCCGAGCCCAGCAAUGGGCCGACAAUUGCCAGUUCCGACACGAUCCGCACCGCACAAUAAAUCGCUUUACCAUGGGCCAAAAUUUGGCAGUUAUUUGGAGCACUGCACCACUUGAUCCUGAUGAUGGUGACUUUCCCUCGCGCAUUCAAAACUGGUUCAAUGAGGUGCAAAAGUAUUCGUUUGGAGACGCCUGGUCACCCAAAACUGGACACUACUCGCAGCUAGUUUGGGGUGAGACAAGUCUGGUGGGCUGCGGUUUUGCCGAGUACAAGGACAACGUCAAAUACAACAAACUCUAUGUGUGCAACUAUGGACCUGGUGGCAACGUUGUCGGCUAUAAUCCCUAUGAGGUUGGCAAGCCUUCGUGCUCCACUUAUGGCAUGAAGCCAUCGUCUCGGUAUCAAGGUCUCUGCGCUGCACCCGGUGCAACUCCAGCAGUGUCGAAUAGCGUCUAUGGCGGCAAUACAUUUGAAACGUAUGAGUACAGCUACAACUCAGCUACAACACUUAAUAGCAACAGCAACCAGAACAAUAACCACAACAAGCCGACUAACAACAUUAACAAGAGCCUAUUACCAAACAAGAGCAACAACCACAACAACAACAACCGAAACUACAAUAAUCCCCAUACCCAAUUUGCCUACUCCUCCCCUAAAUUCCCCACACAGGCAGCGGCAGCAUCAGCAUCAGCGACGUCGUCUGGUGGCAGCUCCUUUGGCACGAAGACACGUGGCGGCAGCCAGGCCUAUACAACGGAGAACAAUCAGCAGUCCGGCAAGUACAAGCACAAGCUUGAGGCAUAUCGGCCCAGUGCGGCCGAGUUCGAGAAGUCCGUACAGAAGCACACAAUACUUCGCACCUAUAUAGAGCAGAAUCCAGCGGUACUUCCCGAUCAGCAGGGAGCGGUAGCGGUAGCGGAAGCGGAGGCAUCCAGCACUCAGAAGCCGAGUCGUGGUUGGAGCCUCUUGUCUUGGCGAGGCUAAAACGCCCACACUGCCACGCCCCACGCCCCAUUUGCCGCAGAAUGUAUUAGCUCACCGCGCAGUAAUAACUACUAUGUAGUAUCAUUAGAACCAUCUUUGACUCUGAGUUUCAAACUACCAUUUCUUUUCUGGUAUCUCAGGCAACCAGACAAUUUCUAGCGCAUACUCGUAUAUAGAAAAUAAAAUAACAUUCCCAUAAAGAAAUUGCCAUAUGAUGUAACAUAUACAUUUAAGUGCUACGAUACUUGCUAAUUUUGGAAUUAUAUAUUUUUUAAAUUAUUUAUAUUGUAUUAUUAAUAGUAUAUCAGUUGCUAUAUGUUUUAGCUCUUUGUAUAACUCACACUGCCCCAAAACACGUAUCAUUAGCAUAUGAGUCAUCAAUUCAAAUCAAUCCCGAAUAUUUGUAUCAAAUGUUUGUAUCAAAAAUGUCAAAUCUAAAUUUCCAUUCAAAGGCGCAUAACAUCAAUCCCAUAUUGUGUAUACUAUUGUGUUCAAGCAAAUAAAACAGCAAGAUGAUAUAUUAAUAUAAAAA